GUCUGUACGUGUGUAUGUGUAUGGGGGCAAAGCAGAGAGUGAGAGACAGAGGCAGCGCACGACAGGCAGAGAGAGAGCGACACGGAGAGACAGAGGGAGAGAGAGAGCAGGGAAGGGGGAGGCUCCGUAUUUCACCUACCCCCCGUCAAACCACAGGAAGGAGGGGCCAGACCCUAAGCUGCCAAUCAAAUCCGCUCGUGGCAGCCGGCAUUAUCUCAGCAACAAACUAUUGACAGAUUACAUGUCAAGGAGUUUAGUGCAUGAUUGAAGGAAGCCUUUUUUAUCUAGUUACUUUUCCGCUUUAUUUCCCCCUCCACCAACCAACAUUCGAAUGACUUUCUAACAGAGUUGAGUAAUAUUAUGAAAGUUACAUGUCUGAGAGGAUUUAACUUCGACUUCCCUGAAUAUGCUAAAAGGAGUUUAUGCACUGAAACGACCUCAGGAAAAUCCAAGAUGGCCGCCAAAAGGAAAGGUGGCCUAAAACUCAACGCUAUCUGUGCCAAGCUGAGCCGCCAGGUGGUGUUCGACAGCAGCUCCCAGAAUGCUGAAGGAGACCAGAGUGUUGCAGAAAACAGUGAGCGUGGCAGUUCCCACUACGAUGACAAUGAGACCAACUUCCCCGAGAGCCUGAGCCUAAAUCAGAGCCUAGAGGAGGACCAGAAGAGACGCGAAGCCAUCGAGAAGUGGGUCAAUGGUGAGUACGGCGACGAGCCACCAGCUCCUGAGGAUGAACAGGAGCAUGAACUCAAAGUCAGCAAUGAUGAAGACGGCCCUCCUGAGGGCGUGUACAUGGUACAACCCAAAGGCUGCAGUGACGACGAAGAGGAGGCCAAGCCCACGCCGGGGUCUCAUGAUGGUAGUUUCCAUGAUGACAAAGAAUCUGAAGACAGGCCUUCAAAAGAUGACGCCUACAUGCAGCCAAGUGAGGCCCAGAAUCGCCCAGCACCUUUCGCCUCUCCAGGAGAAGCUUCUGCCCUGCGAGACUAUGCAGCCAACACCAUGAAUGAAUUUCUGGGAAUGUUUGGUUAUGAUGACCAGCAGGUAAGGGAUGAGCUGACCAAGAAGAUCAGCUUUGAGAAGCUCAAAGCCGCUACCUCAGACCCUUCAUCCCUCAGCAGUGAGGAGGCCUCACGACGCGCCCGCUUCUCCAAGUACGAAGAGUACAUACGAAAGCUAAAAGCCGGUGAGGCCCUACCCUGGCCCAUGCAUGCUUCCCCACCCAAACCGGACGACCUCAACUCAAAACUGGCCCAAGACAAGAGCACUACCAUGCUCCAGACCCCUGGGUGCCUCCCAGGGGGCGAGGCACAGAUCUACCCCCCAAGCCUGGACCACAAACAGCCAGGAGGACCUCAGCUGGGUGCUUCCCAGCCACCAAAUCCCUCUCACAUCUCACAAAACAUGGCAUCCCGAGCCUCAAAGUAUGACUUCUUUAUUCAUAAGCUUAAGGCGGGUGAGAGUCUACAGCAGCAGAACGGUAACACGUACAAACGACCCUCCAAGUAUGACUUGGAGAAUGUCAAAUUUCUGCACCUCUUUAAGCCUGGUGAGGGCAACCCUGACAUGGGUGGCGCCAUUGCCUUUAAGACUGGAAAAGUGGGUCGCCCUUCGAAGUAUGACAUCAGAACAAUUCAGAAGCUGAUGCCAGGAACACCAGAGGCCUCACUGAUGCCCAAUGUCCUUGCCACAGCACCAGGAAACCCAGGAGCUCCUGGUGUCCCUACUGGAGGGGCAGCUGGGGCCAGCAUCGCCCCAGGGCUCACAAUGGACCCGGCAGGAAACAUAAGCUUCAACGCCUCUGACUACCUUAAAUCCAGCUUUUCCAAGACUGACUCCAUCACCAGCGGCACUGUGUCCUCUGUGAAGAAUGGUCUGCCACCAGAUAAACCCGCCGGCGACGACGUCAACCUCUACCAGAAAUAUAUUGCCAGGUUCUCUGGGAGUCAACACUGUGGACAUGUGCACUGUGCAUACCAGUACAGAGAGCAUUACCACUGCAUGGACCCUGAGUGUAACUACCAGGUGAGCAGGUUUACCAGUAAGCAGGAUGUAAUCAGGCACUACAACAUGCACAAGAAGAGGGACAAUUCUCUGCAGCAUGGCUUCAUGCGCUUCAGCCCUCUGGACGACUGCAGUGUCUACUACCAUGGCUGCCACCUCAAUGGAAAAAGCACCCAUUACCACUGCAUGCAGGUGGGCUGCAGCAAGGUGUACACAAGCACCUCAGAUGUCAUGACCCAUGAAAACUUCCAUAAAAAGAAUGCCCAGCUGAUCAAUGAUGGCUUUCAGAGAUUUCGAGCCACUGAGGACUGUGGCACAGUUGGGUGUCAGUUCUACGGGCAGAAGACUACACACUUCCACUGCAGGCGCCCAGGCUGCACAUUCACUUUCAAGAACAAGUGUGACAUUGAGAAGCACAAGAGCUACCACAUCAAGGAUGAUGCCUACGCCAAAGAUGGCUUCAAGAAGUUCUAUAAGUAUGAGGAGUGCAAGUACGAAGGCUGCGUGUACAGCAAAGCUACUAACCACUUUCACUGCAUCCGCUCAGGCUGCGGCUUCACCUUUACCUCCACCAGCCAGAUGACCUCCCACAAGCGCAAACAUGAGCGCCGCCACAUACGCUCUUCUGGCGUAAUGGGCCUCACUUCCACCUUCCUGGCACCAAAGGACGAGCCAGAGGAGUCAAGCAAUGAUGAUCUGAUGGACUUCUCAACCAUCAGCAGCAAGAACUCCAGCCUGAGUGCCUCGCCCACGACCCAGCAGUCUACUACUGUACCACACCUGUUGGCCACUCCUACCACCGCAGUCUCCUCCUCCUCUCCAUCGAACCAUGCCCUCAAACCUACACCCUCGCUGGCUGGUGCGGGUCAGCGGAUGUCAAACCUGCUGUCCCAGGCGCUGCCCAGCAAUAUGUCAGUGGCACUUGCCCUUUCCAACAGUGCCCUGGCCACUUCCAACCCGUUCUUCCCUGUCAUGCCCAGGCUGCCUCUCCAACCACCUCCACCAGCUGCAGGCCUAAUAUCAGCUGUAUCCUCUGGGAGUCACUCCAUGCCCACUGACUCACUGACCCAGGGCUGCUCCACACCAGGGGCAGAUGGGUCCAUGGCAUCCACCCCAACCUCAUUCGCCACCUCCUCCAUUAUGGAAAAGAUUUCAGCAAGCAAAGGUCUGAUAUCGCCCAUGAUGGCCAGACUGGCAGCUGCUGCCCUCAAGCCUUCCAACAACCCAGACAUAGGGAAUGGGCAGCCGGCUUCAGCCAGUCAGUUCAAUCUGGUUCAAGUAAAGCAGGAGCCAAUGGACGCCAACUCUGGGGCCUCCCAAGACUCCACGCAGGAGCAUAGCCUAGACCUGAGCAAGAAAGACCACAGUAAUGAAUCAAACGGACACCCUGUACCAGGGAAUACAUCUCUUUUAUCCUCGCUUAUGAAUAAGAUGUCACAGGUAAACCCUGCCCUGUUCAGCACCAUGAACCUGAAGACAGAGCUGGAGGCCAGCCAGGGCAGCGGCACCCCGGAGGCUGCACAUUAUUUGAAUAGUGUGCUGAAGAGGCCCAUGGCAGAAAAACCCACUGAGAUCUGGAGAAAAUACCUCCGCAGAUUUGACACAGAAGACUUCUGUGAGGCUCAGUGUGACUUUCUCCAGAAAGUUCACUUUCACUGCCUGGUGGAGGACUGUGGGGCACUCUUUAGUACAGUGGAUGGAGCCAUAAAACAUGCCAACUUCCACCUACGAGCCACUUUAAAAGUGAAGUCAGAGCCUCAGCUUAGCGAGGGAAAGGACUUAAGUGAUGGAGCCCAAAUGCAGCCUGCUGCCCCUGUCUCUAUUGCCAACAAUCCCGCUAUGGAUGUUGCGCACCUCACCUCCUCUGGUGGCUACAGUUCUCCUCCUCCCUCGCUGCUGGCCUGGAAGCAGCUGACUGGCAGUAUCCCACAGAUAGCGGCGUCCAUGCCCAACCUGCCGGCUAACUCCCCUCUGGCCACCACCUCUCUGGAGAACGCUAAGCCACAAGUGAAACCUGGCUUCCUGCAAUUCCAGGAAAAUGACCCCUGUUUGGCUACUGACUGUAAAUACUCAAACAAGUUCCACUUCCACUGCUUGUUUGGGAAUUGCAAGUAUGUGUGCAAGACGUCUGGCAAGGCCGAGUCCCACUGUUUGGACCACAUCAACCCCAACAACAAUCUGGUCAACAUCCGUGACCAGUUCUCCUACUACUCCCUCCAGUGUCUGUGUCCCAACCAGCACUGUGAGUUCAGAAUGAGGGGCCACUAUCACUGUCUCCGGCCAGGCUGCUUUUUUGUCACCAACAUCACUACCAAGCUGCCAUGGCACAUCAAGAAGCAUGAGAAGGCAGAGCGCCGUGCGGCCAAUGGCUUCAAAUAUUUCACAAAGAGGGAGGAAUGUGGUAGGCUCGGUUGUAAGUAUAACCAAGUCAACAGCCACUUUCACUGCAUUCGUGAAGGCUGCCAGUUCUCCUUCCUGCUGAAGCACCAGAUGACAUCACAUGCACGCAAACACAUGAGGCGGAUGCUGGGGAAAAACUUUGACAGAGUUCCAUCUCAGGUGAUGCCACUUGGUCAGACGUCAGAUGACAUGCAGCAUGCAUCAAGCAUGAUGUCUGGGCCUGCACCGGGCCAGCCUGGUAUCAACUCCAGCUUCUCCUCAACCAUGAUGGAUGAGACUGAUGAUUACAUGGACUACAUGGGAGGAGGGGGCAGCCCCUUAGGCCUCUCCUCCGAGUCCUCCAACCAGGAUCGAAGCUGCACCAGCACACCUGUAGGCCCUGAUGGUUCCCCAGCAGGACAAGGCUGCCCCGCCACCACUUCUGCUCCUACCACCCCUGCUGACACUAGCGCUACCCAAAAUGCACCUCCUUCUUCCCCUCCUCCUCCACCGCCUCCUCCACCUCCUCCCUCUGCUCCUCAGCCUGGCCUCUCCUCCCAGGCCCCGUCCCUCUCUCCAGCUCUCCUCCGACCUCCUCUCCCCUCACUCCCAUACCUCCUCUCUCCAUCCUGUCUGUCAUACUCUCUGCUCAGCGCCUCUCUGGGAGCCACUCGGAGUGUUGUCAUGCCAACCAACACACCAGCUUUCAGCCCCAUCAUUGCCACUCCGUCUCCGGUUAAAAAUGACGUCCCUAUAGUGCAGGAUGCUGCAGGAAACACCAUCUCCAUUCCCACCGCCACGGGUUCAAAGAAACGCUUCUGGAUCAUCGAAGACAUGUCACCAUUUGGCAAACGCCGCAAGACUGCAUCUUCCCGUAAGAUGCUGGAUGAGGGGAUGAUGCUGGAGGGCUUCAGGCGCUACGACCUCUAUGAGAACUGCAAGGACUCAGGCUGCCAGUUUUCCCUGAAGGUGACCCACUACCACUGCACCCGUGAAAACUGUGGCUACAAGUUUUGUGGGCGCACCCAUAUGUACAAGCAUGCACAGCACCACGACCGCGUGGACAACCUGGUCCUUGAUGACUUCAAGCGUUUUAAAUCCUCCCUCAGCUGCAACUUCUCUGAUUGCCAGUUUUCAGGCAACAGCACCCACUUCCACUGCCUGCGCUGCGGUUUCCGCUGCACUGACAGCACCAAGGUGACGGCCCACCGCAAGCACCACGGCAAGCAAGAUGUGAUCAGCGCGGCUGGCUUUUGCCAGUUUAGCUCCAGUGUUGAUUGUGAGGUUCCCGACUGUAAAUACAAGCUCAAGUGCUCCCACUUCCACUGCACCUUCCCUGAGUGUAAGCACACAGUAGUGGGCAUGUCCCAGAUGGACUCCCACAAGAGGAAGCACGAGAAGCAGGAGCGCGGUGAGCUGCCAUCUGUCUCCCCCAAACAGGAAGGGGUGCACCACCUGGGGGGUGUGUCUGCAGUCCCUCCGUCCUCUUUAGGUCUCUCAACGUCCUCGCCGGGAGGCCUCCAUGGGUUGUCCCACCCCAUCAACAGCAGUGCUCGCUCCAUGCUCUACCCAGCAGGCAGCCUUGGGUCUGAGUACAACCACCCGUACCCACCCACCUCCAUCAGCCUGGACAGCUCCCUCAACCUGGGCACCGACACCAGCAGCUCCCUUUUCUUCCUGAAGAACGCGGCCGGUCUGGGUCUCAACGACUCUCUGGAUCUCAGCAAGAAGAUGCACCAAGACACAGGACGAGUCGGCCAACACCCCAGGAGCCCGAUAGGUCUGCCGGCAGCUCAGGAUGACACCACGGGAACAUCUGGAGAGGCUGAAGAUGACCUGUCGCCAGAGGAGGAAGCGCACGCAGAGGAGGAGGACGAAGAGGAAGAGGAGGAGGAUCUCAACACUGACUCGAAUGAUGAUUCGAUUGCAGAACCUGAUGGUGAAAAGAACAAUGGCGAGAGUUUUGAUGCUUCCGUUAACCACACUGAUUCUUCCCAACUGGAAAAGCUUGACGCUGACCCAUGAAAAAAAAAACAAAAAAAAAAACUCAGAGUGACUGUAGGAACUGAAGAGGAAGCCUGUGUACUAUGAACAAACAAUGAAAGUGGCCUCAUUUAUCAUGUUUAGAGACUACACAUGACAACAAAAAAACAACAGUGUGGAGAAAAUGAUGGCCCAAAGUGAUUUAUUAUGAUGUUUACAAGAUGACCAACAUUAUUAAUUCAAUUAUGCAUUAAAAAAAUAUGAACGGAGACACACAGAAUAAAGUCCUGUGUAACACACAGGGCAGCAAUGUAAAGCAUUUUACUACACAUCAGUCUUUUUGUGUGCGUGCAUGUUUGACUUUAAUUUAUUUUUAUUUUUUCACUUUUUUGUGUGUGGAUAAAAAAGUUAGAAAAACAAAAACAAAUCUCUCUAUAUAACUAUAUAUGUAAGUGUGUAUGUGUGCGUAUGUGUGCGUGUGUGAACGAUGAUAUUCAAAAGGAAAAUGCUGGCACAGGUGACUUGAACUGCCAUGGAUACGAAGAAAAAAGGGACAUGAAUCACUAAAGGGGGAAGGAUAUAAUAAACAUUUGAUCUUUUUUCUGUAUUGAUUAUUAUUAUGAUUAUUAUUAAACACUGAGAGACAGGGAGUUACAUUUUGCUCGUUCUCACCACUCUCAGAUGUUUUUUCUUCAUUUUCGAUGACAUGUGGAAUUGACCAGUAAAUGUUCGGUUUGCAGUCUCAACAGUUCUCUGACAGUUUGCUAGAAAUGCUCGACUAGCACCAAAACCAAGCUCAGCCCCUGUAAUUAAGACCCGCCCCUGCGGAGGAAUCAAGUUUAUGUGUGGAUAGUGCACUUUUCUAUUAGCUGACCAUGAUGAUUAACAUGAUGCUAGAUAACUCAUAAGCAUAUUUAAAAAUAUUUUUGUUACCAUUUGUAUCUUUGCUUUACAAUGUUGUUUUGUUGUGUUGUUAGUAAGAAGCAUAUCGAUCUGUAAGGCAGCGGGGUUGUGAUUAAACGACCUGUGGGUGGGGGGAUCUUGACAGAGUCACUCAGACGCUGGGAGGGUGACAGAGGAAGUGUGUUUUAAGUUAAAAAUUUACAGACCGGUUUUCCAUUCACUAUGGCUGUGGUUGACAUCCUGUUGUAACAGUUUUUAUUUAAUAUUUAUGUGACCUUCCAAUGAGAAUUUUUAGAGUGUUAUUGCACUUUUUAGGUUCAUUUUUACCGUUUGAAAAAUAUAUAUAUCUUUUAACAGGGAAUUUGCUUUAAAGAUGUUGUUUUAGUUCACUUUUGCUUUAAUGCACAAAUAGAUGUUAGUGUGACAACGAACUGUUGUUCUGUGAUUUAUUUAAAGACUGGUUAUUAUUUUGCUUCUGUGAUUGGACUUUUUGAAGAAGAAAAAAUGAGUGUACCAGAGAAAGUGGUGCUCUGAUAAGAAACACUAAUAUGGACUGUAAUUUUAAAUAAAUUCUAAGAAGUCUAUGGCAACACUCACUCACUGUAGAAGUAAAUUAUAAAUCUGUCUAAGCCUCCCACUGGUUCAAACUGAGCGAAUAUGUACGACCGAUAAGUUGACACACUGAUCUUGAGUUAUCUCCUGAGCUUGGCAUUGGAAAUAAAUGAUUAUAAUAUAGGGAAAAAUAAUAAUAACAAUAAUGUGUGUAGAUGAUAUUCCUCCAGAUAUUGUUUUGGGAAGAAAAAAAGGUUGUACAGUAUUUUCCUCUGUAAAAAAUAACUAUAUGAACAAAAUGCUCUUUGAUGAACAGCUUCCUUUAAAAAGAAAACCAUUAAAAGGAGAAAUGAAAAUAAAAAGUUCAAAAUUCAUGUAGCCUCAUUAUAGUUUGCUUGUGUGACGUUUUUUUGAAUUUUGACACAUUUUUGGAGAAGUUGUUCAUUCUGAAGCAUUGUCAGAUUGCAGUUUUGUUUUUCCAAGCCGUCAGAAGCUCAAACUAAAAUACACUGAUUUGAAUUCA